CCUAUCUCAAAAUGGCUGAUCAAGCUUCUCUACUAGAGAAGAAACCAUCCUCCAUCGACGAUGCCAUCGAGAGCUGCAUCGGCUCUACAGGCUACUGUCAACUUUUACAGGCAAUCCUCGUCGUGAUGGCAUGGGUUUUUGACGCACAGCAAACUUUCAUCAACGUAUUCACUGACGCAGAUCCCUCAUGGCACUGCACCGACAAGAACGACUCAUCCUGCGCGUCAGCUAUUAGCCCGUGCAACUUGCCCGAAGGCUCGUGGUCGUGGAGCCAACCUAAGUAUGCAUCCGUCGUCUCAGAAUGGGACCUUCAGUGUUCUCCACCGGUGCUCGUCGGCUUACCUGCAUCCGCAUACUUUAUGGGAUGUCUCAUCGGCGGUUUCUUUCUUGCAACGCUAGCUGAUUCUCGACUCGGUCGAAGGAAAAUGCUUGUCUAUUCGUGUCUCACUAUGUCGUUGGCUGCCAGUUUGGCUGCUUUAUCGCCUAAUGUGUGGGUCUAUUCAUCCCUCCGGUUCAUCUGCGGGCUUGGACGGGCGACUGUUGGUACAAGUGCUAUGGUGCUGUCAACAGAGAUUGUUGGGAAAAAAUGGCGUGAUCGGGUUAGUAUAAUUGGAUUCAUUCUCUUUGAUGUUGGAUUCGUGUCUCUCCCUGCUAUCGCUUAUUUGAACAGAGGCUCCUCAUGGAGAAACAUAUAUCUCUGGACUUCUGCUCCUUCAUUUUGCUACACCAUUUUAGUUUACUUCCUAGCAAAGGAAUCUCCGAGAUGGUUAUUUGUUCGUGGAAGAAAGGAAGAAGCUAUCGACACACUGAAGCGCACAGCAAAAUCUAACGGAUGCAUCAUCAACACUAGCUUCUCGAAUCUAUCCAUCGUCGAAGAAAAAUGGAACGUGGAUGUAUUCUCAGCAUUGAAGAUACUAUGGGAAAAGAAAUGGGCAUUCAAGCGGCUAACCGCCGUGAUGAUAGUAGGCUUUGGAAUCGGGAUAGUAUACUACGGUAUGCCACUCAACCUAGGCAAUCUAGGCUCAAAUCUCUACGUAAGCGUCACAUUCAACGCCUUAGCUGAACUUCCCUCAAAUUUAUUUGCCUUCUUCUUCAUCGACCGAAUCAGUCGAAGAUAUUCGACACUGGUCCUCACUGCAGCAAGUGGCCUAACCAGCCUCAUGUGCGCGUUCUUGACCGCCAGCGGAUGGCAGAUGGUGGCGGAACUAGUCUCCUUCUUCUGCACUUGCGCAGUGUUCAACGUGCUGAUGAUUUAUACUAUUGAAUUGUUCCCCACUUGUGUGAGGAACUCGGCGCUGUCAAUGGUGAGACAGGCGCUCGUGUUCGGUGGCGUUUUCGCGCCGUUGCUCGUUGCUGAAGGGAGGAAGCGGAACUAUUUGUCGUUCGGAGUGUUUGGAUUGGUGAUCGGAUGCUGCGGGGUGUUUGCCGCUUGCUUGCCGGAGACGAUGGGGAGUGGGAUAAGUGACACAAUUGAGGAAGAAGAGUGCAAGGUGACAGCAGCUUCUUUGAACGUGAAUCCGUGAGUUACCCAAAUUGUCUCUUUUUGUUCUGUACUUUUUUAGUGUCUGAGCUACAGAAAAGGCCUUGGUAACAAUAUUUAAUUUGUUCACUUUUUAUGCCUACUUUUGGUUGCAACUGUCAGAAUGUAACUCUCAAUAGAA